CUAACCGUCUUUGCAAACAAAUGCCUGUGAUUAAUAAAAAUAAAUAAUUAACUAAAUAUAGUCACAGUAUAAAUAUAUAUACAUAUAAAUACUCAUAUUUUUUCUAAUAAAUAAUUAAGUGAUAAAUUAUCGUUUCGGUCAAUGCGCUCAUGUUCCGUUACGGGUACAAGUGCUGCCGCGAUCAAUUAUUUAUGUAAUAUAUAAUGUGAUACUAGUGUAACGUAAUAAUAAACAAUAAUAAUGAGAUAUCUAUCAAAAAUGUCAGUAUGUUGUCGCAAAAAUAACAACAAUGGGUUCAUUAUCGGAAUGUGUUUCGGACUAAUAAUAAGUUUACUGCUUUACCAAAUGUCAAGUAUUGAUUCGCACGAUGAUAAAUAUGGAUCAAUCGAAACAGUAGAUCGUAAUAUAAACAAAAAACGUUCAUCACAUCUAACUCUACUCACUAGCCAGGAUAAUAACGACUAUGAAAUAAAUAAUCAAAUAAAUCGGCCGUCGUCGAACGACCAAGUCGACGAAUACGCGCCGAAAAUAAAGAAACCAUCGUCUUUACACCUCGAUACCGAUGUAAAUAAAAAACAAUGGAGAUUUAUUCGCCCGCGGUAUUAUUUUACAGAGCUGGGGAUCCGGGAAAAAUUAUUCCUCGGUGUUUUGACGAACCCCGAGCACUUGCACAGCCGCGGAGUGGUUUUUAAUAGAACUGUGGGCCAUUUGAUCGAGAAAAUUCGGUACUUUAUUACGAUAAAUGAAGGAUCUGGGAACGGGAACAAGAAACCCAAUGUGACUUUGUCGGGAAUCGUUGGAUUUACGGACGCGCGUAAGAUCCUCAAGCCAUUCCACGUGAUAAAGUACAUUAUUGAUAACUAUCUCGAUGACUAUGACUACUAUUUUAUCAUCAAAGACUCGUCGUACGUGAACGCGAGGCAGCUGAUGGCUCUGGUCGAAAGCUUCAGCAUCGGGAGCAACAAAGAAAUUUAUCUGGGGAUUCCAAUCAAGACUGACAGUACUAAUAAUGACAACUAUAUUAAUGAUAAUUUAACAAACUUUUGUUCCCUCGACGCGGGGAUCUUGAUAAGCAACUCGAUAAUGCGCGAGCUGAAGAAAAAUCUCGACUGGUGCGUAAAAAAUACUCUUCUGUACUCGAGUCAAUCAGAUGACGUCAAUUUCGGAAGGUGUCUUUACUACUCGACAAAGAUUCCGUGCAGCAGAAAAUUAUUCCGAAGUAAAAAUGAAAUUUUCGCGGCUAAGCAGCUGCCGGACAACUUUAAUUUCGUCAAGGAUUUCAGUUCGCUGAUAAACAACAACUACUUUGAUAAUCUGGUGUCAGUCUAUCCGAUAUAUGACCCGAAGAUAAUUUACCGCAUGCACGCGUUCGUUGCCGCGAAAGAAUUAGAAAAAAUAGAAAACGUUAUGAUGAAAUUGAGGAAUGAAAUAUCCGGUAGCGCACAUCUAGGUCCGGUAAUUACUAGUAAUAAUAUUUAUAACAGCAACAGAACAUCCUGGCCAGUGGGGAUCAAUCCCGGGAACAAGGCGCCAGGACGUUUUGAUAUUUUGCGCUGGAAUUAUUUCAACGCGACCCAUAUUUUUGGGGAAACGGACUUCGGUAACGUGGGUAAAUUACGGGGUAGCAAGAAACUGGACAUCGACUAUGUGCUGAUGGUGGGCAAGAAGAUAAUCGAAGAUAAAUAUGACGGCAAGUGGAAAUAUGAAGGACUGGUCAAUGGGUACAUGAGAUUCGACGCCUCCAGAGGGAUGGAUUAUAUUCUAGACUUAAGUUUUGCAGACUCGAGUACCAAAGAAAGUAAAAAAGUUGUGAAACGCAUCGAACUUUGCAAGCCGCUGGGGAAAGUCGAGCUGCUUGCGGCCCCCUACGUCACGGAAAACACGAGGGUUAAUUUGAUUCUGAUGGUCGACGGGAGUAAUAUCGAUGACUCUAUUAAAUUUAUUAAAGACUAUGGGUCUGUUUGCAUGGAGAAGAGAGACAAGACUACACUGAUGUUGGUGUUUUUGUACAACAAUUCAUCAACGAAAGGCGCGAAUGACAUUUAUGCGAGGGUCAAGACACUGGCGCUGAGUCUCACUGAUAAAUACAAUAAGAGCAAAGAACAGACGAAAAUUAUUUGGCUGUCGGUUCAAUUACCCAAGGGAGGGAAUGAGGAUCCGCGGAUUAAAGUCGCGGUUACUGAUCUGGUUAUUAAAAAAUUUUCAAUGGAAAGUUUGAUUUUAUUUGUGCAGACUCGGAUGGAACUUACGGUUGAUUAUUUGAAUAGAAUUAGAAUGAACACAAUAGUCCAAUGGCAAGUAUUUAGUCCAAUACCUUUCGUCGAAUACAACCCAAAUUUAUACGAAAGUGAUCAGAAAUCAUUGAAAUUUGACCUCAGUCACAACCACGGCUACUACGACACGUCUAAUUACGAAAGUAUUUCAUUUUACGCGAAAGAUUAUCGCGCAGUUCGCCGGGCGAGCGAAAACGAGUUGCCGCAGGUCCACAGCGACCGGGAAAUAAAUAAAUUACUGAAGAAAAAAUCACCGAAAUCAAGUGGCGUAAUUUCGAUAUUCAAAUUAUUUGUCUCGUACAGCGACUUGCAUAUUUUCCGCGGCAUUGAACCCGCGCUGAAAAUUCAUUACAGCGAUAAAAAUAAAAAUGAAUGUGGCAAAAGUGCCCUGGGACAUCGCGGGCAACUCGCGAGACUGAUUGACGAAUAUAAAGUCAUAUAA